AUGCCGCUUAUGCUUGGAUCUCCACGACCAAGCACACCUGUGCCUCAAGAGGAAGAGGAUGGCAUAUAUCGAUCUUUAUUCCAACAACCAGUAGUAGAUAUACCAUCUGCAGCUCCAUCUUAUGCCUGGUUUGAAUUCCUGCUACACCCCGCAGCGCUUCAGAAACACUUGAAGAAACUUCAACUUCAACAAGAGAAUGAUGUUCAUAGUGCAACUUCAGCAAUCGAGUUAGUACGUGAAUUUCUAGAGCAGGCGCAAUUAGUAGCCGAUGAGGGUAACGUACGCAAUAAACGGUAUAGUGCCCUGCUACUCAUGGCAGCUCAAGUUGCAUUACAAAUGCAACUGUCACUCUCCGCCAUUGAACAAGCACUGGCGCUGCAUUUCCAGCGAUUAUUGAUGGACGGUAUUGUGGAUUUUGCCGAACAAUUGCCCAACAGCCGUAACGAAUUGAUGCAGGGUGUAAUCAUUCAGCCCUACGAAGCCCAUGUGCUGCAUAAUCGAUGGACACUACGAGCACUUGUGAAACAAUCGCAGAAUGGAUACUUGACCUGUAGCACACGUAGUGAGGCCGACGAGAUUUCAUCCACAUAUCAAAUGGCACUAGGGGAUUUGAUGGUCAAUCACUUGCAGAUUGCACAGAAUGUUUUGACGAUUUUGAUGAAUGAUGAAAAGCAGAAACUGACAGCACAGACUCGACUGGAAACUUACUAUGAUUUAGGUGUUUAUUUCUUCAGCUUUAACGGGUUUGAAAAGGCCUACAGCUGCUUUAGUCGCGCUUUGGAACUCGGGGAGGAUGGAGAAAAUAGUGACGAGAAGAUGGAGGAAAGUGGCACAAGCAAGUUUUGUGCAGAUAAUCGAGCGGAUCUGGAAGGAUAUUUAACCGCAUGUGAAGCUGUGCUCGAGGUGCAAUCUGUGAACGAGAGCCCUGCAUUGUUAAAAACACCUAGGAUGCAGGUUGAAAUAGCAUGGGAAGCACGAGAUUGGGACAAGGUGAUCCAGAUACUUGAAAGUGACAUUGUGGCUUCGGAGCUGACGAGACUGUCACCGGGUUAUCGAGCUGCACUAGAGCAACAAGCGCUUCGUUUGCUGCGAUCAAGUUGCAACAAUGUAAUGGAGGAAGAUGGUCCACAUGGUGCUAUCUCUACUAUAAGGUUCUUUUACAAACGCGUUGUGAUGGAAAACGCCGUGAUGGUUCUUUUGCUAAAUGGUGACCAGGAAUCGACCACGUCUCUAGAGACUUGCGUCUGCCUAUGCGUCCGUAUGCUUCAAGAAGAGAUUUUUCAUUCAAUAACACGAAACACCAGCAACAACAAUGAGACCAAGAAAAACUUCUCAGUGUUAGCUCGUUUCGUGCUAGCGCUCAGUGGCUUUGCAUUCUCGAACAGCCCGAACAAGAAUGCCGAGUCACGUAUCAAGCAAUUUGUUUGUCAGGUCGUUCGUCACUUUCCGUGCAUCACCGAUUUGGAAGACGUAUCAGAUCUCCUUCGACGCUGCGGUGGCCUUCAUGUAGCCGAAGACACUGCAGUUAUGCCUUUUGCGGAAAGCUUGGUCAGUGCAGUGGCGGUAGAAGAACGCCUUCAAACUGCAGUGGCUACGCAAAGGAGGUAUUUUCGCAUGAUGGCAGACGUGGGCAGCAUAGUUACAUUUGCUAACGCGAGAUCAAAGAAUGCGUUUGUUGCUGCUCUCCAGGACGAGUUGGAUGACGUGUCCGAGGCCGGCAACGUUGCGCACACAUCAGAAAUGGCGGGGGGCAUGAGGAUUGAAAGGUACAGCACACCUUCUCGGAAUCUAAUUGCGUUUUGCGCAGCCAACAAUUGCUGGAAGCUACUAAGUCAGUGCGAGGUUAUGGCACCUGUUUCAUCUCAUUUGCGCUACGAACUGGAGUUUGUGGUGGCGUGUGGUGCGCUGACGCAGUAUUUAUCCUCUCUUGCGUCGCCUUCGCUUUCUUCUGGUGCACUGAAGAUUUCAAACUCAGGAAUUGAGACGUCUUCCGUAUUAGGGUCCAAAAACGACGAAUUCUCCAUCGCGACAAGUAACAUGCUCGUGACUGAGAUCUUGCUGAAAUGGCGUGAAUGGGUGAGUGCAAUUCGUGCAAGCCUGGCAGACAGUUCUGAUGACGAGAAACAGACUGAGACAGAGUCAAAGAAGCUGUUGAUCUGUCUUCCUGUGUGGUUUCUGGAGACUCUUGUCUGUGUCACCGCUGGGCUAUUGCACCGCGCAUACAUACGCAAUGCGUGUGAGUACCGUGUAUCCUUUGAUCUUACUCCGUACGGGGACCUCGCGUUUUUGGAGGCAUUUGCACCUGAUACACCGUCAAUAGCAUCUAAACCAAGAAGUGCUGGCGCUACUGUUUUGUUCGUAAAAACGUUUCAGGAUGAUUUGGUACGAUUGCAUUCCAGAGCCCUUGAUAGCUUGGUGUGUCGCUGUGGUCGCGAGCCAAGGUGGCGUUGUGCGAAAGCUGAUAUACUCCUAAACCCGCUGUCAAAACAACGACUGUCUUCGACCUCUGAUCCAUGUGGCGCUCUGAAAAGUUAUUUGGUGGCAGCCUCACUGGCAACUAAUUUCUUCGCCGACAUGGUUUCUGUGGUGGACAUCAUUGAUCAAAGCUCACUUGUCCGUUUGAGUCAAUGUCUUUUAAAAGUAGGUGCGCAUGUUGCAGCUGCCGUAUUGUAUCAGUGUUUCAUGCCUGAAGAAUUCAAGUAUGGCCUCCGCAUCUUGCGUCUUGCCCCUGGAUCCCAUGACGAGGCAUUCUUUCAGUAUUUUUGGGAGCUGCCAUUCCUGGAGUUAUUAGUGGACCUGCACUCGAGUCCGAAAUAUCACAAUGAUAGAUAUGUGAUGCUGUUAACAAACCUUAUCCAGUCCCCCCGAGUUGAAUAG